AUGAGAGUCGAAACUCUUUUGCUCGCAGGCCUGCUCGGCACUGCCUCCGCCCUUAACAUCCAGCAACGGGCUCCCCAAAGAGACAAUGGCCACGAGCGCGACUCCUCCGCCCGUCUACCGACCUUUAAACCAAAGACGAAGAAACCGCAGUUCUUCCAUCUCUUCACCGACGACGACUACUCCGACCCAAGACAUCAAGGCACUUGCCCUGGUGGCGGUUAUAACGGCGGUUCCAUCAUUGGUCCCGGUCCUCUUCAGACCAUUUCUGCUCCCCGUCCUACCGCGCCAAUUGCUCCCAUCGCCACCCGCGGGGUAACGAAGAGACAGGCUCUUACUCCGCCGAUUUGCCUGAACAACUACGUUAUCCGCCUGCAGUACGGAAAAGUUUAUGCAGUGCCCUAUAACAGGUACUACAGGGGAGACGUCCCCACUUUCUUUGUCGACGACGACACCAAACUCUAUACGGUCAGCCGGAACCCCCUCCAGUUCUACGUUGCUAGGGACGAUGCCUCGCUUCGCUAUUCUAGAAUUGGUUGGACACCGCCGAACGCCAUUACGGUCGGCUUCCACCACCAGGGAAACAAUCCCCUCAAGACGGUCACCAGCACUGCCUUCCUCACCUGGCCCAGCACGUGGGGCACAUCUGUCAACCCAAACUGGUUCUUCUGUUCCGAAGGCGACACCGGAAUCUACCAGGUCUUUGCCAAUUUCGACAACUGGGCGGGCGGUAUUGGUCAGGGCAUCUACCUUGACAAAAGUAAAUGCGCUGAGCAGCCACUCGCCGCUGUUAAUGCCAAUCCAUGGGAAGACACGAAGAAGCCUGGGAAGAAGCAUGAUUAUGACAGCGACGAUGAGCGUGACUAG